CUGCGCUGCACAGCAGCUGCACGCUCCCACGUCCAGUGUUUGACAAAACCUCCCCGGUUUGACUGUGCGAGCAGAACGUGUGCGGCGGUAAUGGCUGCCAGGGAGAGUGAGGAAGACAACAAAUGAACCCCUGAGAAACGAUUCAAAGGACCAGGAUCAGUUGGACAGCACAGAGCGAGAGCAGAGUGAGUGAGCUAUAGAGUGAAUGAAGAGAGUGCGGACUAGGAUGGUAAGCAGCCAGCCGAAAUACGAGCUGAUCCAGGAGGUGGGGCGUGGCAGUUACGGCGUGGUCUAUGAGGCAGCAGUGAAGCGCACAGGGGCCCGGGUGGCGGUGAAGAAGAUCCGCUGCCACUCUCCAGAGAAUGUGGAGCUGGCCCUGCGGGAGUUCUGGGCGCUCAGCAGCAUCCAAAGCCAGCACCCAAACGUCAUCCACCUGGAGGAGUGUAUCCUGCAGCGGGACCAGCUGGCCCAGAGGAUGAACCAUGGAUCCAGCUCGCCGCUCUACCUGGAGCUGGUGGAGACGUCUCUUAAAGGCGAGAUCACAUUUGACCCGUGCUGUGCCUACUACUUGUGGUUCGUCAUGGACUUCUGCGAUGGGGGUGACAUGAACGCCUACCUGCUAUCCCGCAAGCCCAGUCGCAAGACCAACACCAGCUUCAUGCUGCAGCUGGGCAGCGCCCUGGCCUUCCUGCACCGCAACCAGAUCAUACACCGUGACCUCAAACCGGACAACAUCCUCAUCUCGCAGGCCUGCACGCCGGCCGGAUCGUCUGAGCCCACCCUCAAAGUGGCCGACUUCGGCCUGAGUAAGGUCUGCUCCACCUCCGGGCUCAACCCAGAGGAGCCAGCCAGCGUCAACAAGUGCUUCCUGUCCACAGCUUGUGGAACAGACUUCUACAUGGCCCCGGAGGUCUGGGAGGGCCACUACACAGCCAAGGCGGAUAUCUUUGCCUUGGUGAUUAUUUGGGCCAUGGUGGAGCGCAUUACCUUUGUGGAUGUGGAGACUCAGAAGGAGCUGCUGGGGAGCUAUGUGCAGCAGGGCUCAGAGAUUGUACCCUUAGGGGAGGCCCUGUUAGAGAACCCAAAGAUGGAGCUGCUGAUCCCCGCCAGGAAAAAGAGCAUGAACAGCCACAUGAAGCAGCUGAUCAGGGAGAUGCUGUCGGCCAACCCUCAGGAACGGCCCGACGCCUUCGAACUGGAGCUCAGACUGGUCCGUAUUGCCUGCAGAGAGCUGGACUGGGACACGUGAUGGACGGGCAAAGGCACCACAGACUCAGCCGAUUAAGCACAUGUACACAUCUCAUCAGCUACUGUUAAUCUAGAUGGUCACAUAAUGGGGGAUUGUUGUUUUUUUUAACUAGGGAACAAUAACUAGAACUGUCAUUGUUUGUACCAUGGCUUAAACUUCAUCCACUUUCCAAGCACAUACAGUCCUCUACUAGCUUUGUCUUUAUAAUGAAGAGGAGAGGUGUGACUCCCACCACUGCUGCUACUCAUAACUGCAGCUUAGUCUCAGGCUAAUCACAUCACAGCUUCCACUUCCUCCUUACAGCAUCAGUCGAGCAUGAUGGAAGAGCAGAAUGACCCCAAAAUUCUUGGAUUCAAUUCGAAGCCAAAGUCAAAGUUAGAGUCGAACAGUUUGUCUACAAAUACCAUCUUGGACUAGGUGCUAAUUGUUACCAAAUGCAAUAUGAGACAUUAUCCUGUGAUUUAUACAGUGUACAUCUAUCUAAAGGGCCAAUAUUAAAACAUAGUCACCUCAAUGUGUAGAAUGUUUUGAAGCUGUUUGUAGCUUUGACAGAAACUGACUUACAAACUGAUUUCUGCCUGGUCAUUACCACCAGCAUUAAUACGUGCAUCCAGAUUUGAUUCUGUUUUGGCAUCAGAUGCAGAUAUGCCCUGAAUGCUCAGGUAAUAAAAACAUACAGCAUGAUGGUAUUUGUAGAUAAACCUCUACUUACAAGGUCAGUUUUGGUCAGUAGCCUUAGAGGGUAAAAAUACCAAACUUUGGUGCUGGAAGAUAACGUUUUUUUUUUUUUUUCGUUGGUUGUUUGGGUGGAGGACAUUUUAUCAGUAAGUGUCCAGCCUGCAGGUGUUUGUGGUUGGUGUUUUUCCUCUUACUGCCAUCGCAAACCGCAAGAUAAGUGGACUGAUUCCAGACACACCCCUAACCAGUUAUACUAGAAUGUAUAAUGAUCAAGGUCACCUUUAUUUAUAUUGAGCCUUAAACACAAAACACUUCAUUUAAAUGACAAAGCGCUUCACACAGCUGGUGAGGGCCCAGAGGAUGAGUCUGGUUUGUUACAACUUGGACAGGCUUAUUUUCAGGCUUUGCACUGUUUUCACAGUUUUGGCCAUUAUCCCCGCUGAUAAUAAUAAUAUUGUACUCGUCAAGUUAAUUGACUCGCACUUUGCCCUGCCCACUUAAGUUAUUCAGACAAUUAGUCAUUUAAUCAAAUUGCACAUUUAUAGGAAAAUGAUCUGCAUUUCCUGUAAUGUUAUGGACCCAGCAGUUAUUGAUUCAUGGAGAGUAAUCAAAAGAGUGGUCUGUAAUGAAAAUAAUUAUUAGUUGUAAAACAUGCAUAAUGUGCCUAAGAUGUUUAUAAUAGUAACAUAUUAAACUUGGACAAGCAACACAAAGGUUGAAUUUAUGCUUUAAUGUAAGCAUUUAAGCAAUGUUUCACUUUCACACUAGAAAAAAAAGCUUAGGCUCUAAAUGCUGUGGUAUGUGACAUUGAUCCAUGCUAUAUACUUGUCCCAAAAGUAAGAAUAAACAUUCAUUUUUAAAAAACAGAUGAUUAUAUGCUAACUCAUGGCCUUAGAGCUGACAUACUACUGCCACCCUACUGCAGUACUCUAAAGUAGGUGGAAGAGAAAACAAAGGCGUCACCCACACUCUCUGUUGUAAACAUCCAUCACAGUUAACAGACUAAAUUCCUGGUCCAGCUUUCAGUCACUGUGCACACUGUAUCUCUCCCUGUGUAAGAAGAUAUUAUUACCAAUAUUUUGGGUAAACUCACUUACAGUUUCACCUCCAAAUAGUUUAGAUUAUCUGUCUGGUUUAGCUGUUUACAGCCUGUCUGAUUGUGCCUCACUGUUGGACUGUAAUUGCAGCAGUGAUGCCAUGUUGCCAGUUUUUGAAUACAGUGUUUCCAUAGCCAAUAGAAAUAAUGUCCAAAACUAUGAAAAUAAAACCCAAGUUGUAGUAAACCAGAAUUAUCCAAUCAAAUUCAGAAGAACAGAGCACACUACACUAAAGUAAUUGAAAAGACAUUGUGGAGUGAAUCCCCUACACAUGGAAAACAAAUCUACUCUUGACAGAACUCCCUAUGUUGCCUAAACAUAUUAAAUUAUCUGAAGUGUGAACUGCUUGAAUAAAAAGAGCAGUUACAUGAAUAUUCACAUUUGAGUCCAUUUAGACAGGAGACCUGGAUGAGCAAAAGGGUGAGGAAUUUAAUGAAAGCACUUUUAUUUUGUGGUUUAUAUUUAUUCCUAAUAACUACCUACUGCAUUAUAUGGAGGAGCUCUGUGAGGCUGGAUUGAGUGUGAUAACUCUGUUGGUAUUUGUUUAUCAGGCGAACACAAUGUCAGCCAACAGUCUACUUAUGCAUGCAGUGCCUCUCACCUUCAGGGAAGAAGUGAGAGAAGACACCAGCUCACACAAUCCUCCAUGAGCCAGAGGAUCUCUGCUUUUUUCCCUGUUUUUUUUUCUUUCCUUUGACACAUAAUACUGUUGUGUUAAACUUGAUCUCCUUUCACUGUGUCACUGCUCCUCGUUUCCUUGGGCUCUGGAUCUUACAGUAAUCCCUUUCUUCAUGCUUCCGACAGGCUAAUUCUAAGCCUAUUAAGUUGUUGCACCACUUGGCAGAGGAUCAUGCUUGGGACACCUUUUGCCUUUCAGGUCAUACAUAAUUUGUGCACUUUUGCUAAUUUAAAAAAAACAAACAAACAAACAAAAAAACUGUAAAACCAAACAAUCUUGGCUUCUUCGUUGCUUUCAAACUGGCGGAAAAUCAAAUUUCCCUUGUUGCUAACAUUUAUCUGACCUGGCCUUAAAUUCUCCCCGUAGCUGUAAUAGUUUUAUUCUCCUGUCAUGAUGCGAUUGAGAUUUGCCUUAUUUCAGAAAUUCACUGAUUUUUUUUUUCUGACACUAGAGUGGCCUCAUUGUUAUUGCACUCGAACACAAAAUUGGCAGAAGUUGUGCUUGAGAUGCACCAUGUUUUACUGACUCUCAGCGAGGUGCUUUGGUAUGAAUAGCAAUACCACAAAUCAGUAUUAAAAUGCCUGUCUGUACUACAGGACAUGUAUGCUGCUUCAGACAAUGUUGCUUUGCUUCAAGAAUGUGGUAUUUGUGGCUCUCUGUAAAUGAGCAGCAAAGUUUGGACACAAAGUAGGUCACCCAUAUCCUCAGAGCUCAUAGCAGAGCAGAGAAUGAUGGGUAGAGUCAUUUCCGGCUAGAUAUCUUCCUUUUACUUCUAGACGAGGGGGGAGGAGGAAGACACUAGGUUUCCUGUGAGGUUUGCCAAACAAAUGCUAGGUCUGUGGUAUCAAGAGAUUUCACCCUUUGAUUUAUUGUAUUCAAUUCCUUUGCACAUGUGUAAAUACUGUAUAGGAUCAACAGGGGAUGAACAAGGUUGAUGUACAUUUGACUGGAUGUGCUCUGUUUUCAAGAGCCUGACUUCUUUGUAAAUUGCUGUGAUGGAUUCAAUUUUUCUUCAGCUCUUAAUUCAGCUUCAGUUUAUUUCAAUCAUUGAAAAGAUGUGAUAUAUUUACAGGUUAAUACUGUUGGUGUGCUAGUGAUAAUUGUAUGUUUUACAUUGGCCUAUUGUUUGUGAUUUUGUGUAAGCAAAGCUGGUAUACAACUUGGGUCAACUUCUUUUCUGUCUGGUUCUGGACUAUUUGAAAAUAGAACAGUCUCCUUUGGAAUUCUGGAACAUCUUCAGUCAAAUUCACCACUUUGCGAAGAUCUGAUCCAGGACCAGCAUACAAUGUACCAUGGUAGAGCUUUGCUAUCUUCUGGGACGUGAAAGGUCUCUUCCAUUACAUUCAGUACCACCAUAUAAACCCGUAGAUGCAGGAUGAUACAGGUUUCUUUUUCGUGCACUCGCUGGAGUGCUGCUCAGCAGUAGUGUGCUCAGUGCUGCCACCAGUGGCCUGAAACUAUAUAUAGAAAAGUAGUUGUGUCUUAUUUCCAUACGAUAUACUACUGUGAAAUUCACAUCACAUGGGGAAAUGGAGGAGCUGCUCACUGCAUAGGAAAAAACAACUACAAAGACUUGAUAAGUGUUAAGUCCUUAGAAAGACAUUUUGCGUUGUUUGGUCGCAGUAGCAGUUUGAUGAAUGUUCAGAUAUACACACAUUAGCUGUGUCCCAGUUAUAUACUACAUACUGAUUGUGUGGAGUGUGUACUAACUUUCAUAGACUGUUUUUGCACUUAGCGUACAAGAAAUACAUAAUUUCCUGUAGCACAAAAUGAUUUCCUAAUAGAGAGGCAAUCAAACUGCAGCUUUAGAAAACCGCUGCCAGUCACACUCCACAGAGAGGCAGCAAAAUGCUUUUCCAAAAAUAUCAUUCUUUUUCUCUGAUGUGUUGUUUCCCCACUAUCCAUAAUUAGAUUCUUGCAGUUGUGAGCAGCUCUUCAGUUUGCUUUGUGCGCUGCAUUAUGGGAGAAUAGAGUGCAUCACUCACACACUGUAAAAUAAUACUACAAACAGAAGUUUUUUCAGUAUGCAUACUGACUGUUUUGAGUAGACUUUAUUUGUUCACUUUUUCCAGUGUGAACACUCCAAACCUUCUCAGAAUUUAAGUGUGAGUAUGGAUUUAGGACACAAUUCAAAUACCAAAUCCCCUUAUAUACUAACUACAGUAUAUGUGAUAAGUAUAUAGUAUGUACUGUGCUCAAUUGGUAGGUCUGCACAGUAUUGAACUGGGACACAGUAUUUCAUUUUAUUCAGUAGUAUUAUUUUAAUUCAGCUUCUGGCCACUAGUGGCAGUAGUGAACACUCCAGGUGCUAAACAAAAGACAUCUUAGCCAUCAGAUCUCUCUUGGUGUGCAGUAAAUCAUGUUUUUAAUAGCACUCUCCCCACCUUAUUGGCUGCCUACUAUCUGUUAGGAUCUUUCAGUAUUAUUCCUAUAAGAGCUGCUCAUUGACUGAAAAGACUGAGUUGGUGAGAUUGCAAUGCAAUGCCAUAAUGCAUAAUGAGUCCUGGAUCAGAGCUGCGUUACAGUGUCCUGUGUCAGAUGAAGAACACACUCGAUCUGAUAUGAACUCACAGCCAGGCAAACUUCAGCUCUCACACUUUUGUAUGAACAAUUUUUGCUCCAAUGUCAUUGUAAGAUAUUUUGAAGAGAUUAAAUGAAGUUUAUCAAAAGUGGCGUGAACACCUGUCAAUCACUGUUGAAUUGAUGGAUUUUUAAUAAAAUGAAAUGGAGAAAAAUAA